UUAUGUACACAUGCCGUUGUCGCAGUGUAUUUCAAGUAACAGGUUCGGUUUUGCGUUUACUGACUUUUUUUUACAUCGAAACAUUUCAGUGCAUAGAAUCGUUUUGUGGCAAUUCUUUAUAGUGUACAUAUGGCGUAUCCAGGAUAUGGCGGGUAUGGAGGAACAAUGCAAGGCAUGCAACUCCAGGGUAUGCCCAUGCAGGGUGGACCCAUGGGAGGCCCACCCCAGGCAGGCUACCCCCAGAAUGGUGGAGGCUACCCUGGGACCUUUGCUGCUCCUCCUCAGCAGCCUGUUAAUGACCCCAUGUGGGGGUACUUUACUACCAUAGCAGGACAGGAUGGUGAGAUUGAUGCAGAGGAGCUUCAAAGUUGUCUUACACAGACUGGUAUCAGUGGCACCUAUACUCCCUUCAGUUUGGAGACAUGUAGAAUCAUGAUCGCAAUGCUGGAUAGAGACAUGACCGGAAAGCUGGGCUUCAAUGAGUUCAAGGAGCUGUUUGCUGCCUUGAGUGGCUGGAAGCAGAACUUCAUGAUGUUCGACCAGGACCGGAGUGGCACGGUGGAACCCCAUGAGAUGACCCAGUCCAUCUCCGCUAUGGGCUACAGGAUCAGCCCGCAAGCUCUGAACGCUGUCAUCAAACGCUACAGCAAGGCUGGCCGAAUCUACUUUGACGACUAUGUGGCAUGUGCUGUGAAGCUUCGCGCCCUCACAGAGAGCUUCAGGAGGAGAGACCAGAUGCAGCAGGGGGCUGUCAACUUCCAAUACGAUGACUUUAUCCUGUGUACAAUGGCCAUCUGAGUGGUGUGGCCUGGCCCGGCCCAUCCCGUGCUGGAGUCAGAGGGAGGGGCACUUCAACCGGCAGUCUGGGGCUCGCUGACCACUUCCCCUAAAUAAUAGGAUGGCACCAAUCAAUAUUAGCCAAAAAUUCUUAGGUUGAGUCCCAUGGCCAACUUAAAACGGGGAAGGAGGUUACAACAGAAACUGCUUGCUUGCCAUAAUGUCUGCCUUUCUUGUACAAUAUGCAGGUAUGUGCAGAUUUGCCAGAUAUCAUAUGGCGUGUUUCUAAAUGUAUCUACUUGUUGUAAAUUCUGUUGCUAAAUGACAGUGGUAGAUUUGAACAAAAAGGGAUAGCAGAGAUGCUUCUACACCUGCAUUGCUUGCUGUUUGGGGUUUUAGGCUGGGUUUCUGUACAGCACUUCGAGAUAUUAGCUGAUGUACGAAGGGCUAUAUAAAAUAAACUUGAUUGAUUGAUGUUACUGAUCUUUACGAUGGUUACUUUUGUGCCAUUUACAAUCUCUGAUCAUACGGUUUCCAUAUUCUUCCCCAUCACUGUAUAUGUUCUGUUUUUAUAACCACUAUUGUUUUAUAACCAUUAUAUAGGUGUGAAUUACAUUUACAUUAAACAUUCCGUACAUUUUGAAGUAUAGAUGUAUAAUAAUAUUUUUAUUACAAAUAUACAGUUAUGCUGGCUUUGCCUUUUUUAAGGUAACUAUAUGCAUCUCUUGAUUUGAAUGAAAUGUGGCCUAAUGCAAUACACAAGUUAAACAUUAGGGCAUUCACAAAUCUAUGAAUAACCUGCACUGUGUUGUAAACAUGCACUGUUAUUCCUUCGCAAAGAAAAGCAUGCAUUAACUACCACCAACAAUUACGUCUACAACUUUUUUUGUGAUAACCUGCAUUUUCAUAGUUCAGGGUGAAAUAUUUCUCAGACAUGUAGUUAAGUGCUUUGUGACCAUUGGGGCAUUCAUCAGUGAUAUUGGUGUUAUUCACAACACAAUAAACUCAGUUUGUAGUCCCUA